CAGACGAGGAAUUGUUUUGAUUUGUGUUCAUAAUGAAUUUAUUUUCGUUUUUAUUAUUCUAUUUCAUUUUAAUUGACUUCUUCUCAAAUAUCUCGUGCAGCUAUGUACGAUGUAAGUAUCCAGCGAGUGGAACAGCCCGAGAGACUUUGGAUUCUAUGAGAUUCCCUACCAUUUCCCGAGCAGAUAACUUGAACCACAACAAAGUGUGUCCAUCGAGCAAAUUGACCAAACUUUAUCAAUUCCUCGCCAAACCUGACCCACUGUUCACGAGUCCCACGAGAGCAACGAUUGUCAAUUAUGAGUGGAAGACCUCGAAGAGUAUUCGGGAGUUCGACGAUUGCUCCUUCAAGGUGCAGAGCCAGGGACACGGAGGCCUCUACAUGACCAUCUCGCGGCUGCACCUCCGCCAGACUCCGUCAAGUCGCAUCUGCACCGACUUCCUGCGGGUGCGCUUCAGCAACGGCACCAAGACCGAUAGGAUCUGCGGACGGAUCACAUCCAGUGACGUCGCUGCCUUCUCGGACUCCGGCGGGGAGGUGAAACUCUACUUGGCCAUAGCAAAUCACAUCCCGCUGGAGCCUAACGAGAUGCUGGAGAUCGAAAUGGUGUUCACUGAAUAUCUUGCUUGCAAGGGCGGCGACAAUGCACCCGAGUUCCAAUGCGAACUGAACAAGUGCAUCCACGGAAGCUUUCUCAACGACGGCGUGAACAACUGUCCGACGCCCCACUGCCUGGACGAGGAGAUCGGAUGUCUCAGUCGUCCCGAGGUAGAGGCUCACGAUGCCCGCAUGUCGAAGAAGGUGAUCGUCGGGGGAGUGAUUAGUGCUGUUGUGGUGCUGAUCGGCUUCACCAUCUGCAUUCUGGCCAUCUGCAAGUUCUCGGCGUGCGUGAAGGCGCCCCGUCGCCCGUCCAACAUCUACGAGACGACGCAGCACCGGCCGCAGCGCAUCGAGACGCAGGAAUUAAGUGCAAUUGGAAACAUAUCACAACCUGGGCUUCCAACACCAAGUGCUCCAGCGGCUUUUGUCAUUGAGGACCAGAACAAGGAUCCACCGCCGCCAUCGUAUGAAUCUCUCUUCCCCCGCGCGAGUUAGCGUCGCACUUUCACAUGGCAUCGCCGAGGUAUUUAUGCAUUUUUCACACCCAUUCGCAACCACGAGAAUUCUUCUCAUAAUUAACCACAUUGGUUGGUAGUCGUAGAUGUAAGAGACGAUCGAAUAGCGUUGUAAAUAGUACUUAAUAGUUACACAUUGAUAUCAUCAGUGAUGUGCCUUUAAUCACAAACGAAUAAUGUUUUUUUUACACGUAAGGAAUGCAGCGGAAUGUAAGAUUUGCAGAGAUCUGUAAUUUGUAAUGGGAAUCUCCCUGCAUCCAUAUCUAGAUAGCUUUAUCAUUGAAGGUUAAAAGUGAAUUCCAAAUGAUCUGACGAAUGAAUUGAAUAAUUACGCACUAUUUGUGCUAUUCAACCUUAUAUCUUCAUUGGAAGUUCAGAGCUCUAUUACAUCUUUAUGUAUUAUUAUAGGCUUAUUAGUUUUAAGUAUUUUCACGCUCAAUUUUCUUAAAUGCUCUUCAUUAUUAUAAUUGUACAUUGAUUUGGAAUGUUGAUCCAAAAUUAUACAUUUUGUGAAAAAGUGCCUUCAAAGUAUCUUUUGACUUUGAAGGACGAUUCGUACAAAAAGCAAUUUUAUAAGCAAUAUAAUAUAUGUCUAAGGUUAUUUUGCAAUGUUGAUGCAUUUUUAUACUUUGCUCAAUUCAAAAGAACAUGAGAGACAUGUUUGAUAAAUUUAUGGAUUAGUGAAUUAAUUUGUUUGGUUUUCUUCACAAAUAUUUUUCAACAUGUUUCUCUAUUAUUUGUAUUUAAAUUUGUGUGCGAUCUGACAGCAAAUUAAUCUCACUAGCUGUAUUACUGCAAAUCUUACAUUUUGUCUGGCGAAUUUUCAUGAAUUUAUCACAAUAAAAAAAUGUCUCUAUAUAUGUAGCUCACGAAGUAAGAAGUAAAUAACAAUAACAAGUCACUGCAUAGACAACGAUGUAAAAAAUGCCCAUCACUGGAUAUCACGUUGAAGAAUUUAGUCAAUUUGGACGGAAUUUAUUUAAAAA